AUGGCAACUAAACAAGAAGCUUUAGCCAUCGAAUUCAUAAGCCAACACCUUCUCACAGAUUUUGCUUCCAUGGAGACAAAACUUUCCAAUUUCACACAUCACGAAGCUGACCCUUAUCAGUUUACCAACCACUUUCAGUCAGAAACAAGCCCUAGAACCAUCAAUCACCAAACACCUAAACCGAACUCGACUCUCAAUCGGCGUAAACCGCCUUUACCGAAUCUAUCCGUGCCGAAAACUGUCUCUGGCACGAUCAAGAAGACAGAGGAAGAGGAGGAGGAGAGGCACUACAGAGGAGUGAGGAGGAGGCCAUGGGGAAAAUACGCGGCGGAGAUUAGGGAUCCGAACAAAAAGGGUUCUAGGAUUUGGCUUGGGACUUACGACACCGCUCUGGAAGCUGCAAGAGCUUACGACCAAGCGGCGUUUCAAUUGCGUGGGAGAAAAGCAAUCUUGAAUUUCCCUCUCGAUGUGAGGGCUACGUCCGAGAGUUGUUUUGAGGAAGGAGUCAUCGGAUUAGGGAAACGUAAGCGAGUUAAGAGUUCUCCGGCGGUGGAAGAGGAAGAGCAUGCGAAGGCGGUUAGGAUUAAAACGGAGACGACGGAGGUGGAAGCUGAGAUUGAGGCGGUACCUUUGACGCCGUCAAGUUGGAUGGGGAUUUGGGAUGUGGGAACAGGAGAUGGGAUUUUCAGUGUUCCUCCGUUAUCUCCGACGUCUCCCAACUUCUCCGUUAUCUCCGUUACUUGA